AGUUAAUGUAAAUACCGCGUUGUUUAUACGUUUCGUAUUCACCGUAUAUGGAUUAUGUUUAUAUCCUGGCCCCUCUGGGACUUGGCGUAAUUCUAACUUUAUGCAGUACAGGAUACUGCAUAUAUAUUCGUUACUCUAAACGUAAAUUAACCGAGCGUAUAAGAAGGCAAAUGCUUGCUAAGAUGAUAGGGGGACCAGAUGCGUCUGUUCAAGAUUUUCAGUGGUAUCCUAAAAUGAUAACCAGUGGUAUUUCGACGUAUCCAAGUCGAAAAUCAAACGUUUCCAUAUUUCAGUCAAACGUUAACUCAUAUCCAGUUCAACCUCCAUCAGAUAUUUUUGUACAGAAAGUUGGAAGGGAGUUAUACGCUUCACUUACGCGAACUACGCCAUAUAUCUCAAAUGUGCCUAGUCAAGACCAAAGGAAUUCCACGCAUUAUCUUCCGUUAAAGAGUAGAACACAGAAUACAAACUUGCACAAGAACAAUUAUUACUGUAACAAUGAACCUGAAAGAAUUUAUGUCAACUGUCCGCAGAAGUUAAGAAGUGAAGGCGAAUCAUACAGACAGCAAAUGAGGCAUUGAUGAGAUAUUGGGAGUAUGGAAUUUGGAUCAAGAAGAACAUUGCGUUAACAGAUUGUUCGUUACUUCCUUCGUGUCUACAGAGUCUCGUUGACGGACAGCAAAAUUCACCACUGGGUUGGUUGGUUGCAUGAAAGUUGAGACUAUUGCUCUCUUCUUUUUUUCUUUGUUCUAUCUAACUGACCGAAAACACGUGCAUGUGUUAUGUGGGUGCGAAUGCAUUUCCUUUUUAUAUGCUGUUUUUUUGUUUGCUUAUCAGGUUUUUGUCUUUUGUUUUACUUUAUCUAUUCAGUUAUUUUGAUUUAUUCUUUUUGUUUUUCAUAUGAAAAUAAUUUUUAUGGUAUAUAGUUGAAUUUUUUUAUAAACAUUUUUCAAAAUUGUUUUGUCCAUAAUGGAUGAACUAUGCCUAGUCUGUUGAGAUAUUCACUACAACUGUUGAUUUCGCAUUUCCAGCUAAGAAUUAGCUUCGUUUCAAUGAAUUAAACUAUAGCUAACUUGAUUUGGCGCGAAAUGAUUAGAUUUUAAAUUACCCCCCCUCCAUAAAUGGAACUGUUUACUUGUUAAUUUAAAAAUAGCUGAUUUUUAUUAUUGGAA